GUCAAAGGCCUGGGUUGCAUUGGAACGUCAUCCGUUGGCGAAGUCGUAAGGCUUUCACGGCCACGGAGAUGCCGUAUUCAUCGCAUUGUCGAUCCGCCGCCGUUACCGAUAUAUACGCUAAAGGUAAGGGAGGUAGGAUAUAUAAGAGGUCUAAGUCGUUGUGCUCUUCUCUGCCAAAACAGGCCAUUGUCAUCAACAUCCUCAAUCUUCUGUGUCGAUACAGAAGGGCAAAUCUAUCUAUAGAUCAAAGUGCCAACCCAAACCUGGCAUUCUUACCUUGACUCCAUCUCACCCCAACCAAUUAGCCACUAUGGCUACCAAGCUCUUCACCCGCCACUCCAACAACUCGGUGGCAGCCGAGACAGCCUCCCUAGCCCCCUCCUACGCCACCCAGGACCCCCACCACGACAUUGAGCUGUCCCGCCUCGGCGACAUCGACCCGCGGGCCUCCAUCGAGCUCGCAGACUCGCUCCUCGAAGUCCCCCCCGCGUACAGCGAGUCCACGACCUUCGCCCCCACAGUGCAGCUGCAGAUCCAGACAACCGGCAAGGCCAUCCUCUCUUUCCCGCUCCCGCCCCGCCCAGAGACCACCCCCGCCUUCCCCGUCCACGCCGACGGGUCCUUCUCCGACCGCCCCAGGUACCUCUCCGUGCGGCCCAACCGCAGCUCCGGGUCCUGCUACCUCGUCUCGGGCGACGGGGAGGAGACCGACUCGGCCGCGCCGCUGAGCACCACCACGUACCGCUUCGGCCCAGGCCGCCACCCGCAGGUCAGGCUGUUCCUACCCGGGACGGCGGGCGCAGGGGAUGCAUGCGACCUGGACGGCGGCGACGGCGAUGGCCUGGGACCCAGCUGGGACGCGUUCGCCAUCGAGGGCCGGGGCCUGCUGACGCGGGCGUGCCGCGUGCGCACGCGGCUGGGCACCUUUGAGUGGCGGUACGCGUCGCGGGCGGAGCGCAAGGCCGCCGGGGCGGACAGCUUGCUUGUCCUGGACAGGAUUGUCAAGAUUGUGCGCGCCAGGAACGUCCCUGGCAGCAGUGGCGGGAAGGACGAGGAGGUGCGCACGCCUGUCGCGCAGUUUGUGCGCAACGCCGAGACGCGCACGCCGGGGUCGAAGCCUAGUAGCGCCGGGAAUGGUGGGCGGCUGAUGGUGGAUUUGAGUUUGUGGGAUGAGGGCGAGAAGGUGGAGAGGGAGAUGGCGAUGGUUCUUGUUGUGACGACGGUGAUGUCGAUGCUAAAGAAAGAGGUGGACAGGAGGAGGGCUCAGCAGAUUGCUAUCAUGGCUAGUGUUGCUGGAGGUGGUGCCUAGAAAGGAGGCGGAAGGGGAGAAAUUUGUACUUUGCGUGGUUCAAAGUUGAGAGAUAUCCAGUGAUAGAAACACACAAAAACGGGAGAAGAUAAAAAAAAAAGGAAGUGUUCAAG